GGAAAAAGGUCAAAAAAAUAAAAUAAAAAAAAUCUCAUUUUCUUCUUUUCUUUUCUUUCUUUCUUCAGUUCUUUUUUUUUUUAAAUCAUGUCCUCUACUACGUUUUCAAAAAGUCAUUCUACCACAACAAAAUUACAAUCUACUCCUAUCUUUUUACCACCCAUCUCCAUGUUCACCAGAUUACCCGUAUCACCACCCACUCAACCUCUAGAAAUAACCUCGCCUAUAACGUCUUCUUCACCUACUCUUGACCAUGGAACCAUAUGGCAUUUAUGGAACCAAGGCAAUAAUGAUAAAUACGAAACUUCUUUAUCACCACCGUCACAUAGUCCAUCCAGUCCUGUUAUGAAAGAAGGCAUGUCAUCCGCUCAAGUCUUGGCCGAGAAACGACGACGCAAUGCAGGUGCCUCGGCUCGAUUUAGAGAACGACGUAAAUUACGUGAACGUGAUCUUCAAGAAAAAUGUCAAUUAUUGGAUCGACGAGUCCUGGCUUUGGAAACAGCUUUGAAACAAUUGGAUCCUCAUCAUUCUCUUCUUUUGGAUAAGCCAGUACGAGAUGAUGAUCAUUCUUCUUCUCCACCACCACCUCCACCACCACAAUCUACAUUAAAUGAUCGAGUCAGUCAAUUGGAACAAUUGAUGAUGCUUUUACGACAAGAAAAAAUAUUGGACACACAUAAAUUGCAAUCACUUGAAAAAGAGAAUCAAACCCUCAAAACCAAAAUUCAAAAUAAUCAUCAUCAACAAGAACAAGAUGACCGAUCAAUCGCCUUAUCAUCAAAGCCUCAUCAUUGGAACAAGAAACGAAAACAUUCUGCCUAAUUCUCUUAUAUAAUUUAUUGAUAUGAUACCAUCCCCCACUUAGUUUAUUUUUAUACAUGAUAUUUAUAUAUCACUUACUUUUGUUUUUUGUUUUUUUUGUCUUCAAGACCAAUAAACUGCAUAUACUUAUUUAAAAUAAAAAAAA